GAUAUAGGCAUAGAAGAGUUGCACCAGGAAGAUUGUCCCAGGAGGUCAUAACUCAGGGAUGGGUCCUCUGAAUCAAGUGACCAGCUCUGGUGGGGAGGAGCGGGAGGAGGCUUGUGUCCAGGCCUCUGGCUCCCCCACUUCAGUCUCUUGGGCUGGGAGGGGACCUGACCCCAAGGGGCUGGAAGCAGAAACACAGGAAACCUAAAGGCCUGUGAUACGAGACUGAGCCCGGAUCCCGCAAGAGGUUUGGAGAUCGAGGCCUUUCUCUGGCGGGCCCUGGCCUGAGGCUGCCUGUGGAUCAAGGCACGUGAGGUCUGCUAAGGGCAUGGCAAAUAGAACCCUGGCCCUAUGUGAGGUGAGGCCUGGUUGCCGGGUGACUCUCCGUGGCAGCCACCUGCUGUCCGAAGGACUCUGCCUCCUGUGUUCACCCCUCAGCUGCAGCCACCCUGCUACCUCUCCUGCCCUUGCUACCAUGUCACGGCAACUCAACAUGGAUACGCUGCGGCAGAACUUCUGGAAGGAGGAAUAUCUGAGGGAGAAGAUGUUUCGCUGUGAAUGGCACCGCAAGUACGGGUCGACGGUGAAGGCCAAGCAGAAGGCUAAGGCUGCAGCCCGCCUACCCCUCGCGCUGCCCACCCUGCACCCCAAAGCCCCUCCCUCACCCCCACCUGCCCCCAAAGCGGUGCCUUCCACGACCCCCGGCCCUCCCCUGGAGACGCCCAUUCAGUCCGAAAUGUAUCCGGUACUGCCUGCCACCCGGGCCCUGCUGUACGAAGGCAUCUCCCACGACUUCCAGGGGCGCUACCGCUACCUCAACACCCGAAAACUGGACGUGCCAGAGAUGCGCUACCUCUUCCCCAUCACCACCAACUUCAUAUACGGCUGGCAGCUGGGCCCCCCGGUGAAACAAGAACUGGUCUCCUGUAAGAUGUGCCGCAUCGAAUCAUUCUUCCGAAAGAAUGGGGCCUUCGCACUGCUUGACCCCCGGGACCUGGCUCUCUGACCUUGGCCGGGCAGUGGAGUUAGGGGAGAGAAGACGAAAUAACACGCCUUCUAGUGGGACUGA